AUGUCCAAGGCAUCCAGAUUUUCCAGUGAUGACAUAUGGAAGAAUAAUGUCGAAAAAAUAAACUCAGAGUUGUUCACGUUGACGUAUGGGUCAGUUGUUUCGCAGCUCUGUAGGGACUAUAACAAUAAUUACCAGGAGGUGAACCAGCAAUUGGACAGAAUGGGAUAUAAUAUAGGGUUGAGACUAAUCGAAGAGUUUGUGGCCAAGACGGGAGCACAGAGGUGCCAGACGUUCAAAGAAACGGCGGAAAUAAUCUCGAAGGUGGGAUUCAAGAUAUUUUUGAACAUCCAGCCCGUGGUGACCAACUGGAGCCAGGACGGCAAGUCAUUUUCGUUGAUAUUGGUGGACAAUCCGUUGGCGGAGUUUGUAGAAUUGCCCGUCACGAACGAUAACAAGAUCAAUAAGGAGUUAUGGUACUCACAGAUAUUGUGUGGUGUGUUGAGAGGCGCGCUACAGAUGGUGCAGCUUGACGUUGACGUGUGGUUUGUUAAGGAUGCUUUAAGAGGUGAUGAACAGACAGAGCUCAGAUUGAAGCUCAAUAAAAUCUUGAAAGACGAAGUACCAGCUGGCGAAGAUUAA